UGUCGUGCGUUCAGCAUCUACCACCAUUCUCACCACCACUACUACUACAUACUAACACAGCCCGGAUUAUCGAUAUUUGUACGUAUAGAAUGAAGGAUAUUACAUGAUGUAUAAUAACAACACUACACUAUUAUAUAUGUCAUAAUUAACAACACUCGCUUGACUAUUGACGUAACUAAAUCAAACUUAUAAAAUACAGACUCACUAAAUCUACCUAAAAAUGUCCGAAAUACCAAGAGGAAAUAGUGAUGUGAAACCAACCGUGUCUUCAAACCUACGCUGAGACCGGACCCACACACGCCAUGUGCCGAAGUGGGCAAAGCAACAGGCAUUAGGUUAACUUUCAUGGCAGUUGUAUGCAAAGCUUCAAAGAAAGAAGAAUAUACCCCCGUGAAAAUUAAACAGGAAGAAACCGUGUGUCCUGCGCAGGCGUGUGGAGGAGUGUUGGUGAGACUGGGUGAAGUGAAGCCCCUGUUAACUAUUGCGAGGCGUGUAGGGGGCGUGGACUUUCGGAGGAAAGCAGCGUGUUGUAGGGAGGGGGACGUUGGCGUGGGGUUAGCAGAAGGCGUGUGGAAGAAGGCACCAUGACCCACUUCCCCGCCCUCGCGUUGCCUCAAAUCGUGUCCAGGCUUUUGGCCCUAAGCUUCCUCUCAGGCGUCGGCCACUAUGACUUCGACGACUCUCACAAGUUACUGCCACAGUACGACUUCAUAGUAGUGGGGUCGGGGUCAGCUGGAAGUGCUGUGGCGGCCCGACUAGCAGAAGUGCCGGAGUGGAGAGUGUUGCUGCUAGAGUCAGGAGGCCCGCCACCCCCCGAGGCCCGCGUCCCAGGCUUCAAUUCGAUCCUCAUGCAAAGUGAAUACGACUGGAACCACAGGACGGUGCCUCAGAAAUACGGCCUCAGGAACUACAAGGAUAAUGCAUGCCCGUUCCCUAUGGGUCGUGUGGUGGGUGGGUCAUCUGUCAUUAACUGGAUGAUGUACGUGAGAGGCAACAGGCGAGACUACGACCAAUGGAACGACCUGGGAAACCCUGGCUGGGACUACAACACCGUUCUCAAGUAUUUCAAGAAGGCCGAAGACUACCGCGGCACUAGGAACGUCGGGACAGCAGAGUAUCAUGGUCGUGGAGGGCCCCUGGUGGUGGAUGAUAAGAGGUGGCGGACUCCGUUAAGUAGGGGGUUCCUGAAGGCAGGGCUGGAACUUGGAUACAAUAUCGUGGACCCUAACGGACCAGAGCAGAUAGGAUUCUCCGCAGCGGAUUUGACGGUGAGGAAUGGUGAGCGAGGGUCAGUGGUUGAGUCCUACCUGAGACCUGCCUUAGCCUACAGCAACCUCCAUAUUGUCUCUAAUGCCCAUGUCACUCAGAUACUGAUGGAUGACCACAAACGAGCAGUUGGGGUCCGUUAUGAACACCGGGGAAAGGUGCGGACAGCGCUAACCAAGAGGGAAGUGGUGCUGUCAGCGGGCGCCGUUGGAUCCCCACAACUGUUGAUGGUCUCAGGCAUCGGGCCAGCGGAACAUCUGCGUCAACACGGCAUCCCAGUAGUGUUGGACCUGCCUGGAGUCGGCCACAACCUACAAGAUCACCCAUCCAUCUUCGGCCUCACCUGGCUUACCAAAAGAGGCUCCAGCAACAACCUCAACCGGUGGCUGAAUCCCAGAAACAUCAAGAAUUACUUCAAGACCAGAGAAGGUCCUCUGUCAGUGCCAAUGGCCUUAGAAGGAAACGCCUGGAGCCUGGCUGAGGAAGGUGACCCGCAUUGGCCUGACCUCCAGUUCCUGUUCAUGGCAAGCACUCCUGCAUUAGAUGGUGGAGUCUACUUCAAUGAUAUAAUUGGCUUCAGGAGAGAUUUCUUCAAGCAGUACUAUGGUUCUAUCCUGGGUCACGAAGGGUACAACAUAGGACCUAUGCUAACCCGACCCAAGAGCAGGGGGACGGUGCGGCUGAGGUCACGUAACCCCCACGACCGGCCACUUAUUGACCCCAACUUCCUCAGCCAUCCUGAUGACAUCAACACAUUUGUCAGAGGUAUAAAGUUUGUGUUAGCAAUUGGCAACACUACUGCGAUGAGGCAUGAGUUUGGCUCCAGAUUCCACGAUCAGGUGUUGCCGGGGUGUGAGAAGGAGCUGUAUGGAUCUGAUGAUUACUGGGCAUGUUACACCCGUCACAUGGCCCAGACCACCUUCCACCCCUCCAGCACUUGUAAGAUGGCUCCCUCCUCUGACCCCUAUGGUGUUGUGGACCACAGACUCAGAGUGCGAGGAGCGUCUGGGUUACGUGUGGUCGACGCCUCAAUAAUGCCAGUGAUAGUGUCUGGCAACCUCAACGCUCCCUCAAUUAUGAUUGGUGAGAGAGCCGCUGACCUCAUUAAGGAAGAUUGGAACAUCCCCAUUGAACCACUGGGAUGAAAUAAUCCUUAAAGACAUUACUGAGAUAAGUUAUAACUGGGCAUUUCAAGCAUCAGUACUAACCAGUGUCAUUCGGAUAAGAUUAUACUGCACUGUACAUGUGAUCUUCAUCCUCCAUAUUGAUGUUUUCAAUAGAGGAACAUAGAUUUGUAUGAUAGAAUGCAAAUGAACAAAGGAUCUCAAUUGAAAUACGUGUUAUGAACCCUAGAAAGUCUCCUGUAUGUCAAAUUUGUGCAAACCAAACUUAUGGGAAUCUUACAGUACUCAUGUUGUUUUGCUGGAUUUAAAAAACAUUUUAUUACACCUGAAUCUCACUCUCUGCAAAGAAAUAAACAAUUUUAUGUCUUAAUCUACAGAUGAAUGUUGUUCAACCCUCCCACAUGUAUACAAGUAUUCAAAAUGGUAAAGAAUGUUGUCUCCUCUCAAACUUGGCACACUUGAGUUUCCACUUUUACAUUGUCUUUUCUUUUCUUUUUUUCAUAGGCAGACCAUUUACUCACUUGCUCAUACUCCCAGAUAUAGUAGCAGUAACCUAGGAGUUUUAUUUUUAAUUUUAUUUUAUUUAAUUUAUUUAUUUAUUUUGUUUUGCCACUUAUCAGCUUAUUAGCCAUUCAGGCGGUUGGUCUACCCUUCUCACUUGUGUCUGGGCCAAGGAUCAAACCCGUUACUGCUGUACCACCAACACCCCAAAUAAUUUCUUAUCGGCAGUUCAGUAAAUACAUUCCAGUAGAGUACAGACAUGUUCACUGAGAGACACCAAGAUAUAUUAGAGUGCUGGUUAAUUAAUACAUUAUUUUUCAUCAAAUUAUAUUUAUCUUUUUUUUACAGAGGUUAUUUUUUCUUUGGUCCUACAACAUAUAACUCGCAUCACCCCCCCCACACACACACACACAAAAACGCACACCAAAUCGCAUCAACACCUAAUGUCACUACACGCACCACUUCAUUCUCAUGUCGUCUUCUCCAGCCAGCAGUAAAAACACCCUGGCCUGAGCCCUUGUGGUGAUAAUUUUUACUACAUUUUUCAUUAUGCUAUGAUGGAUACAGUACUGCAAGCUGACCAUUGUGCACCUAGUCUAGGAGACAAACUUAAUGUGUUUGCUGUGGACCAGUGUCAUGGAUUUCCUUACCUCAAAAUAGUUCUAAGUGGGACUUCUGUCAUAUCAGAAGUCUUGGAAGGUUUCUUAAAAGAAGAUCUCUCCCUCUGUUAUUUAGUUAAUAAGAUGGUGUGCCUCUAACCCCACAAGCAUAAACGAGACUACCUUUUUUGCUCAACAGUAACACACAGUACUGGAGACAAGGUGAGGGCAGGAUGUUUUGGCCAAACAGUGUUGUGUGUUCAAUUGAAUUUAUGAUAUCAGAAUUACUGCCCACACCAGAUUGAAAUCCAUACCGUAGUGAAACUGUUUCACAACAUUGAAAAUAUGUCACCUUUUUCCUUACUUCCAGUUCACCCAAAUGUGAAUGAGUAACUAAUUUUACAGUUAGGGAAGUGUGGGUAUUAAAGUUAAGUGUCAGUCAUAUUGCCUCCUUGUGUACCAAAGGCUAGUAGGUAUUGUUGCAUCCUUAUUGCUCUUAAUGGGUUGUCAGGCUUAUGGGACAUUUUAUUUACCUCCAUUACUCUAGAUGUAAUGUGAGUGUGACAGUGAAGCUGUUGAAGUAUUUUGUUUACUGUACUAUAUUUUGUAUUAGUAGUGUUUUAUAUGAGUGUCUCAAAGUGAAUAAAUGAUUUUAGAAAUAAA